CGAGUCUCUGAGAUGGGGAGGACCUCGGGGAAGGGGCGCUUGCUUGCUAGGGAUUCCGGUUCCUCCUUCAAGGAGUGCGGGCUUUGGUUAACGGGAGAGCGCCGCGGAGUGAGGCUUUGUGCAGAAGGAAGGAUUGGGAGCGGUGGUCUUGAAGCGAUGAUACCCCGGAAAUCUGAGGGGGGUCCUUUACUAUCGAACCCCGAAUUCGGCUUGGAAAGGGCCUGAGGCUGAGGGGCGAGGAGGAGAUGGAAGCACCUUUCAAGCGUUCUUCCCUCCCCUGCUUCUGAUCCGAGUGCUAUUCUGCCUCUUCCAUCGACUCCCCCCUUUCCAGGGUGCCAUCCUGGACCUCUGCGGCGAUCUGUACCCAGGGACUCUUUCCGGCCCCCCCCUCCCCUCCCCCCACUCCCCUCCCCCCAGCCUGAUCCGGGGUUCUACGUGUCUAGCCUGCAGUAGAGGCUUUUUGGGCAAAGUUUUUUGAUUGUCGGGAUGAAGUGGAGCCACCUGUGUACAAAUAGCCAUAGUCACUUGGAGACGCUAGAGUCAGACCUGCCACUUGCUCUCUCUCUUUUAAACAACCUCCAGGAGCAGGUGGUGGCUGUAACUUCACAAAUUCAAGCUCUGACAAAGAAAGUUCGGGCUGGAGCCUACCCUACAGACAAAGGCCUCAGCUUCCUGGAGGUAAAAGACCAGUUGUUACUCAUGUACCUCAUGGACCUUAGCUACCUGAUCCUGGACAAAGCUUCUGGAAGUUCACUUCAGGAACAUCCUGCAAUCCUGAGACUGGUGGAGAUUCGAACGGUUUUGGAAAAGCUUCGUCCUUUGGAUCAAAAACUUAAGUAUCAAAUAGACAAAUUGGUGAAAACUGCAGUGACAGGCAGCCUCAGUGAAAAUGACCCACUUCGAUUUAAACCUCGUCCCAGCAAUAUGAUAAGCAAGUUGAGUUCUGAGGAUGAAGAUGAUGAAGAAACUGAGGAGGGACGAAGUGGGGUUUCAUUAAAGAAAGCCACAAAAGGAGCACCCAAGAAAUAUAUUCCACCUCGUUUGGUUCCGGUGCAUUAUGAUGAAACUGAAGCUGAGCGUGAAAAGAAACUUCUGGAACGAGCCAGGAAGAGGGCUUUGAGCAGCUCUGUCAUCCGGGAACUCAAGGAGCAGUACUCUGAUGCCCCUGAAGAGAUCCGUGAUUCCCGGCAUCCCCAUGCCACUCGCCAGAGCCAGGAGGAUCAACACAGGAUCAACUAUGAGGAGAGCAUGAUGGUGCGUUUGAGUGUCAGCAAGAGAGAGAAAGGACGGCGGAAACGAGCACAUGCUAUGAGUUCCCAACUUCAUUCUCUCACACACUUCAGUGAUAUCAGUGCCUUAACAGGGGGAACCCCCCAUCUUGAUGAGGACCAGAAUCCCAUUAAGAAGCGAAAGAAGGUGCCUAAGAAGGGUAGGAAGAAAAAAGGUUUUCGGAGGCGGCGGUGAUUUUCUCUGUAUGUUUUUGUAUACAUAUAUCACCCUGGGACUCUUAUGCUCCAUGGGGUUCUGCUGUUUAUAUUCAGCGGUUGUUUGCUUCAAAUACAUUUGUAGAACCAUCCUUAUUAAUAAAAUUAAAUUAAUUUUUAAAAUGAAAAUCCCUUUUUGA